AUGCUCACAAACGAUGCACAAAGUCGUAUCGAUGACCAUCUCAGUGGAAAGCUCCACAUUGCCUAUACAAGAAUUAAAGACCAAAUCGACUUGAUGGUGAAAGCUAGAGAAGAAAAGAAACUUCAGCUAGAGAAAGAAAGGACAAAGGAUAAAGAUGACAAUUCACGCCGAUCGCGAAGUCGUGACCGUGAUGGAAGAGAUCGACGUUCAGACGAUCGGAGGGGGUCAGACCGACGGGAUCGCCGCGACAGGAGCCGGUCACGCGACCGCAGGGAAUGCAACGAAUUCGCCGGACCAAUGGCCAGAAUCGCACAAAGCACAUUACAUACGUCAUCGAAUUUGAACGAAUGCACGAAAAUGCGCAACUGGCAGCAAAUGCCGACCCGCACGCAACAUGCAGAAAUGAGGAAACUGGAUAACGUGCGGAAAUUGCAAAACGCCACUGACGUCUUCAUGCUCUUCAUUCCGUUUCGGUAUUUCAAUCUCAUCUCUUUGUUUGUCAAGGGUCAUUGGACCGAGCACCCACAUACAGCGGAGAAGAGCUCGAUCUGGUAUUUACACUUAUUUCUUUUUUGA